AUGACUGUUAGUGCAGACUGUGUACUAUGCAAUUCCAUGGCAGAAAUGAGGGAGCAUUUAUUUUUUGAGUGCACCUUUGUAAGGGACUUAUGGCACAGAUUACUAAAAUGGCUGAAAUGGGAUAGGCAGAUUCAAAGCUGGGACCUGGAAUGGCAAUGGGUGAAGAAGAUGUCCAGAGGAAAGCACCCUAAAAGAGCACUGUUGAAGGCAAGCUUGGCUACUGUGGUGUAUGGAACAUGGGUUGAGAGAAACAACAUGAUAUUCAAGCAGAAAGCUGCACAAGGGGACCAUCUAUUGCGGCAAAUGAAGCUACAUAUUUGUACUAGAGUGAGAUAUAGUCAAGCUAUAUUUAGCUAUAUUUGUUCCCUGGGAAAUUAG